AUGGCCAACACUCCAAAGGAUGUGGCGUACUCGCCGCUGCCACAUUCUCAGACUUCCCUCGAUAGACAAGACUCGCCAAAUCCUUCGCGCGCGACUUCGAUAGACGCAGAUGGACUGCUGGAUAAUGGAUCGACAACGGCGGGGCGGAAGCGCAAGAUGAACAGCAUGUCAUCACGGGGAGUCGCCAAUCUCACACCAGAUCAAUUAGCGAAGAAGCGGGCCAACGAUCGCCAGGCCCAACGUGCCAUUAGGGAACGAACCAAAGGCCACAUAGAGGCUCUUGAGCAGCAGGUCCGAGACCUCUCCUCCCAAAAACCUUUCCUCGACCUGCAAGCAGCUUUGCGCCAGAAUGAGGCGAUCCGGGUGGAGAACUCAGAGCUUCGUCAAGGCCUCCAAGCCGCGAUGGACAUUAUACAGCCAUUAUUGGCGAAAUCAGAAUUACCAGAUGCGCCCCCUACUCUAGCUAUACCGAAGUCAGCCGCGCCCCUUCCGCACAUACCCCCGUUCCCCGACUCGGAUCACUUUGCCCCCAGCAGUCAGACACUUCCUCCAGUCGACAGAUCAUACGACGAAUCCAUUGCCAGUCUUGACACACCUUCCCCGACUCACUCUGCACCAAUUCUCGGAAGUCGACGUAACAGUACCGCCGGGCCUCCUCCAUCGGCAUCUUUCCGCAUCGCAUUGGAUUCCCAACGCCAUAAUAUUACACAUGGGCUAGACCUUGGCGCCGAGGAGCGUCUAGGCUUCAACUUUCUUCUGGAUCAUUCCCAUAGCGUGCCCAAGAUUGAGCUUCCUCGCAGCAAUUCGGAAAACCUCCGCUCUUCGCAGCCAAACCCUCCGUCGCCUGUAUAUCCAAGCGCCUUGAGCACCACUGGGGGACAUGGACCACCUGCAUUCGCGGCCGCGAUCCAAAAUCUGGGAGCAACAUGUCCAUUGGACACCAUUCUGCUUGACUUCCUCCAAAGCAGGCAACGCGAAGCGGCGCAAGGCAUCCCAAGACAGAAACUCGCUGGACCGCCGUACCCGAGUGUAUCAUCGUUGCUGAACCCAGAGAAAAGUGUCUACUCACAUCCCGUCUCAAAAGUGUUUACGGACAUUCUGCGCACAUUCCCCGACAUCUCAUCUCUGCCGGAGCAGGUCGCUGUACUCUAUACCAUGUUUCUCCUCAUGCGCUGGCAGAUCUACCCCACGCAAGAGAACUACCAACGGCUCCCUGAGUGGUUUACACCACGCCCAACACAGCUUUUGCAGCCGCAUCCGGUCUGGAUGGACUACGUCCCCUGGCCGGCUAUGCGUGAUCGGAUCAUCACAUCCUACCAAAACUAUCCGUUUGAAAACUGGUUCAUUCCAUUCACGCGCGACAUCAGUGUCAAUUGGCCAUACGAAGCUACUGACUGCUUGUUAUCAACAGGCGACUCUGAUGAACUAGUUAUAAACCCUGUAUUCGAACGGCAUAUGAGGAAUUUGUCUAAUUGGUCUUUGGGGCCUAGCUUUGCAGAGACUUAUCCUGCUUUGGCAGACACUGCACGCAUCAAACCCCAAACACAAGGCUUUCGCCCGCAAUCGCCUCAUUAA